ACAGGGAGGGGAGGGGCGCACGGGAUUCCAGAAGAGGAUUACCCAUGAUGCCCCGCGGGCGAAGAUGGCGACAGUUAAGGCGAAGAGCACAUCAACUUUCUCCGAGUGAUUUUCGCCGCUCGCUCGAAGGCUCCACGGCGACUUUUGAUCCUCUCGCCGCCCGCGUCCAGCAGCAGCUCGACGGCCGAGGAUCGUCGCUCGCUCCCGGCGUCGGAUCGCAGGGGAGUCCGCCGCGCCGGAGAGCGAAGCUUCGGCUAAAGUUUCCGCUCGGCUCGGUGUGCCGUUGGCGGACCACCGGGCCCAACACCGAGGACCGACCAGGAGGAAGCGAGGACGGAGGCUCAGGAUGACGAGCGCGGCGCCGGCCAGGAAGCCCUAUCGUAAAGCUCCUCCGCAGCACCGCGAGGCGCGUCACGCCCUUCCCGCCACGCCGCCCCUUCCGAUGCAGCAGCUAGAUGACAGCCAGGACCUUCUAUCCGAUUCCGACCGCAUCAGAAUCCUUCAGCAGCAGAAUGAGGAUCUGCGACGGCGCCUUUCUCUCUCCACGCACAAGAUGGAGGCCAUGGAGGCGGAGUUUGACGGCGGCCGCCAUUACAUGGAGGCGGAGCUAAGUCGAACCAGAGAUGAUCUUGACAAGAUGAGGGACAAGUUUCGCCGACUCCAGAACAGCUACACGGCGUCUCAGCGGGCCAAUCAGGACUUGGAGGAGAAGCUUCAUGCUCUGGCUGCUGUCAGCCAGACCUGGGUCCAUGCACUGCGCAAGGUGGAGCGGGACAAGAAGACGAUGGACCAGGAGAUUGUGGAGCUCACCAACAAGUUGCUGGAGGCCAAGAACACCAUCGACCGCCUGGAGGAGCUAAACGAACGCUACCGACAGGACUGCAACCUCGCCGUGCAGCUGCUCAAGUGCAACAAGUCCCAUUUUAGGAACCACAAGUUUGCUGACCUGCCGUCGGAGCUGCAGGACAUGUUGAGCAAGCACAUGAAGAGCAGCUUGCCAGAGCGGAGCCCCGCCCCCUCCGGCCAGGACCCCGACACCCUGAGCUUGACGCCGUCCGACGUGGUCCCCACCUCCGUCAUCGCUCGCGUCCUGGAAAAACCUGAACCGCUGCUCCUGAACUCGGCCCAGUCCAGCAGCUGCGGCUGGCCCGUGGCCGAGGACGUCUUCGUGCACGUGGACAUGACGGGGGGCUCGCAGGCGGCGCCCGCCGAGGAACGAGGACGCGACGAGGACGGCGCCGAGGACGUGGCCACGCUCAACGGCUCGUGCCGGAGCCAGAGCAGCCUGGACGCCGGCGAGGAGACGGGGGGCCGAGCGCCCUCUUUCGACAAGCUCAACCCGUACCCUCCCCCGCCGCCGCCCAACCCGCUGUACCCUGGGCGCAAGGUCAUCGAAUUCUCCUCCGACGACAAAGUGAAGAUCCCCAAGAACAGCCCGCUGCCCAACUGCACGUACGCCACACGCCAGGCCAUCUCGCUCAGCCUGGUGCAGAACGACGAGCCGCCUCCUGGCAGCCCCGCCCUCUUACGCGGCCGUGCGGGGGUCCACCCCCUGCGGCAGGACACCGGCGUGGACUUGACGUCCAAUCAGUCCAGCCCCUUCAGCAGCCCCCCCCAGGCGCCAAGCGUGCUCACCAGCUCCGGCAGCUCCGAGGAGGACCUUCUGGCCAACUGGCAGCGCAUGUUCGUGGACAAGAUGGCCGCUCCGCCGCAGCAGCAGGCAGCGGGCGGCGCGUCCUCGUCGGAGCGCCACCGAGCGGCGUACUCCGACGGCGAGGAGGGCUCGUCGGCACACAGCUGGACUCCGAGCCGCGGCUCCAGCCUGGACACGGACACCGACACGGAGCCACGCCCCUACGGCGCGGGCCAAUACGGAGGCAGCGGCGACUCUGUGGGCGCAGGCGAGCGGCUGCUGAUGACGCUGGACGAAGACGGCGGCAGCGGGGACACGGCGCUCACCAUGACAACGUGCCACGCCGACGCUCCCGGGGAGGAAGAGGAGGAGGAGGAGGAGCAGGAAGUCCCGCCCCGCCUCCUGGACUUUGACCCCACCUUCGCUGCGGCGGCGCUGCCGCGACCUCACAGGAGCCCCAAGAGGAUGGGCGUACACCACCUGCACCGCAAAGAUGGCCUGAGCCACGCCCACCAGCACCUGAUGGACUGAAACCCCGCCCACCCAGGUCUGACACCACACCCACCCAGGAUACAGCCAUACAUGCACUUUCCGUGCCUAACAUCUGCGCUAUGACGUCAGGUCAAAGGUCAGACAGAAUCAUCAUCCACUGUGGGGGCGGGGCUAUCGUUUUUUAUAGAAUUGCUUUUUUCGGAGGAGGAAAAACAACUUUGGAAUGUGGAUGCAUCGUUUUUAGUUUUAUUCCUGUCAGGAGAAAAUGUGCAUUAGCAGGUUAGCACGCUAGCAGCUGCGGGGGUGAAUCUUUGGGGCACCCAACGAUUCUAUCCUAUUCUUAGGUAGACGAUUCCGUUCAGAAUCGAUUCAAACAAUGUGUUUUUCUGGGGUGUCCAAACUACGGCCCGCCUUCGUGUUCAUUUUGGCCCGUGAUACGUCUCACCUUUAUUCAAGAAUCUGGCCCGUGGGCUGCCUCCAACUUCAUUCCAAAUAUCUGACAAUAUCAUUGCUGCAACUUUGCCGCCAUCUUGUAGACUAUGUGAGUAGCUCAUGUUAAUGACCAUGAAUUGCACUCUGAAGUGUACGCCGCACAGCAUUUUUAUGUAUGACCCAAUCCAAACGACCAUUCCCACUCACGAUGCAAAAAGUCAACACACAUGGUCACACACAACACAACCUGCUCACUGAACUUUGUGGAUAUUAUAAAAAAUGUCCACGUACAACACAUAAUUCAAAAUUAUACCAAUUCAAAUCCACUGCAAUGCAUGAUGGGAAAAUGCAAAACACACUCCACACUUAUCCAUGUUUGGCGCAUUUUAGCUGCUUGAUAUUUUUGAUUGAUUAUAAAACUUUAAGAAGGUCGUCACGGAAGUAAACAAGGUAGCAGUCAAACUUUCACAUACUCUUAAUAUCCAAUUAUAUAAUUAAUUAUAUAUCCAUCAUAUUAAUAUAACAUGUUUAUAUACAGUAUGUGUAUAUAUAUAUAGUUGCAUGUAUAUAUGUAUGUAUAUGUACGUAUGUAUAUAUUUACGUAUAUAUGUGUAUGUACACUACCGUUCAAAAGUUUGGGGUCACAUUGAAAUGUCCUUAUUUUUGAAGGAAAUGCACUGUACUUUUCAAUGAAGAUAACUUUAAACUAGUCUUUACUUUAAAGAUAUACACUCUAUACAUUGCUAAUGUGGUAAAUGACUAUUCUAGCUGCAAAUGUCUGGUUUUUGGUGCAAUAUCUACAUAGGUGUGUAGAGGCCCAUUUCCAGCAACUAUCACUCCAGUGUUCUAAUGGUACAAUGUGUUUGCUCAUUGGCUCAGAAGGCUAAUAUAUGAUUAGAAAACCCUUGUGAAAUCAUGUUCACACAUCUGAAAACAGUUUAGCUCAUUACAGAAGCUACAAAACUGACCUUCCUUUGAGCAGAUUGAGUUUCUGGAGCAUCACAUUUGUGGGGUUAAUUAAACGCUCAAAAUGGCCAGAAAAAGAGAACUUUCAACUGAAACUCGACAGUCUAUUCUUGUUCUUAGAAAUGAAAGCUAUUACACAAAAUUGUUUGGGUGGCCCCAAACUUUUGAACGGUAGUGUAUAUAGUACAUAUAUAUAUAUAUAUUUAUCUAGUAUAUAUGUAUAUAGUGUGUAUAUAUGUAUAUAGUACAUAUAUAAAUAUGUAUACACACGUGUAUACAGUACAUACAUAUACAAAUAUAUGUAUACAUAUGUAUAUAUACAUAUACAUAUAUACACAUAUAUAUGUAUAUAUAUUAGGGCUGCAACAACUAAUCGAUUAAAUCGAUUAAAAUCGAUUAUAAAAAUAGUUGCCGAUUAAUUUAGCCAUCGAUUCGUUGGAUCUAUGCUAUGCGCAGAGGCUUUAAAAAAAAUUAAAAUAAAAAUAAAAAAAAUAAAUAAACCUUUAUUUAUAAACGGCAACAUGUACAAACAGCUGAGAAACAAUAAUCAAAAUAAGUAUGGUGCCAGUAUGCUGUUUUUUUUCAAUAAAAUACUGGAAAGGAUAGAAAUGUAGUUUGUCUCUUUUAUCCGAUUAUUAAUCGAAGUAAUAAUCGACAGAUUAAUCGAUUAUCAAAUUAAUCGUUAGUUGCA